AAUGCUGGCUAUUUUAAACUUUCAGGAGGACAUAGCUUAGCUGCUGCCAUAACCAGAUCUGCUGUAUGAGCACUUUUGUUCUGCAUCUAUUGGAAAUAAUUAUUAAAAAAAACUAACACCAUCAUGAAAUCAAUGAGGGAAGUAAAUCUGGAUACAUACAGUUUAUCUCUACUUACGGCAAAAGAAGAUAUCCUGAAUCCACGAUCGUCAACAAACUGGGCUUUAUUUGCCUAUGAUGGAAUAAUGAACCGGCUCAAACUGGCUGAUUCUGGAGUAGGUGGAUUGAAAGAAUUGUCGACUAAACUCCACCCCAUACGGCCACUUUACGGGAUGUGCAGAGUGGGCACAGCGCAACCCUGCAUUGUUAUGAUAUUAUGGGUAGGAAAUGAAGUGGACGAGUACCGCAAAGCUGAGUGUGCGAGUCAUGUACCAGCGAUCAGGAACUUCUUUAAGGAAGUUCACAUCUUUCUUCCCGCCCACACUUUGGAUGAAAUCACAGAAGAGCGGAUCUGUACACUGGCCCAUAAUGCUGCAGUGGUCACGAAGGGGCCGAGAGGGAGACCCGGACGCCGGGUGGAAGAGAGACAGGCCAUUGUGGGCACUAAUUACAAGCGAACAAUCGCAGCCGCAGAGAUCCAGAGAAUCCAGAGGGAUUCUUUCUGGGCACAAGCAGAGAGAGAAGAGGAGGAAAGGAAAAAGGAGGAACAGCGGAGGGCAGCAGAGGACAGGAGGCAGAGAGAGAGAGAGCGAUUGCUCCAAGAAAAGAGAGAGACAAUGGAGAGAGAUAGGAGGUUGAAUGAAAAGGAACAGAAAAUAAAGGAGCAGAGGAGAAUACAGGCCAAAAUGGAUGCAGAGGCCCACAAACAAGAGAAAUUAAAAUGGGAGCACCAGGAAAGGGAGCGUGAAGAAGAGGAAAUGAGAGCUAGAUAUUUCCGCUCUGAAUCAGAGGAAAAAUGUUCGCAGGAGGCAGCAGCUCUUGUGUCUCAGCGUGUUGCAAACACCAGAGAGUUUUUCAGACAACUGUCCUCCACAAGUGUCCACACAGCCUCCAGUCCCAGCUCACCAUGUACAGUCAGGGGCCUCUACAGACAACUGCAUCGCAGUCAGACGGACAGUAUCUUCAAUUUCAAUGAAACUGCAUCCCCGUACAGAUCAUCAUCUCCUUACUUUCAGUCGAUUCCCACAUCCCAGAACCCAACUCUUUUCACUAACCCCACAGCUUCCUCAUUGCAGAAUUGUGCAACGGUAUCUACAAAAAGCCAGACCCACCUGUCUUCAAGUAAGAUAAUUGAGUCAUGUGCCAUAACUGCCACUGGCCCCACGCCACUCCUCCAAACUCAACCCUCUUCAACUGAUGCUGAUAAAUCUGAAACAGAAACUCCUAUUGGUGAUAUACUAGAUAGUCUGGUCUUUUAUCCACCUCCAGUAACUGCUGAGCAGCUCAAAACUGCGGAAUCAGAGAUGGUGGAUGAGUUUCCUCCACCUCCCUCUAGUUUUGAGAAUUCACCAGAACUGGUUGUGAACCAGACUGAGAGACUUGUUGACCCAUUAGACACCCCUAUGUCAUCUCUUGCUCCAUCAAAUCUUUUGGUACCUGAGCCCCCCGCCAGACCGCUUCCUGCGCUGCCUGUUGCCCCACGAAUGCUGAAAGACCUGGAACUGGGGAGAGAUUUUACUGCUCGGGCAUCUGUUAUUCCUACGGUUGAGGAAGAUGUGGAGGAAAAUAAUGAGGAAAGGGAGAUUAAAGAAGAGGGGAAAGAUGUGCCAGGGAAGGAUGGAGAGAGAAGGGGUCAGGAAAAGUGGAAGGAAGGUCAAAAAGAGGAGGAGGAACAUGAUGGGAUGAUUAUGGGAAAACAUGAAAGUGAAAACGAAUCUAAUGGUAAAAUGAUUGAAAAACAUGAGAGUGGUAAAGAACAAGAUGGGAAAAUAUUGGAAGAACGGGUGAGUGGAAAAGAACAAGAUGGGAAAAUGUUGGAAGAACAGGUGAGUGGAAAAGAACAAGAUGGAAAUAUGUUAGUAGAACAUGAGAGUGGAAAAGAACAUGAUGAGAAAAAGUUGGAAGAACAUCAGAGUGGAAAAGACCAAGAUGGGAAAAUGUUGGAAGAACAUGAGAGUGGAAAAGAACAAGAUGAGAAAAAGUUGGAAGAAUGUGAGAGAAAAGACCAAGAUGGGAAAAUGUUGGAAGAAUGUGAGAGUGGAAAAGAACAAGAUGAGAAAAAGUUAGAAGAACAUGAGAGUGGAAAAGACCAAGAUGGGAAAAUGUUGGAAGAAUGUGAGAGUGGAAAAGACCAAGAUGGGAAAAUGUUAGAAGAACAUGAGAGUAGUAAAGACCAAGAUGGGAAAAUGUUGGAAGAACAUGAGAGUGGAAAAGAACAAGAUGAGAAAAUGUUGGAAGAACAUGAGAGUGGAAAAGAACAAGAUGAGAAAAUGUUGGAAGAAUGUGAGAGUGGAAAAGACCAAGAUGGGAAAAUGUUAGAAGAACAUGAGAGUAGUAAAGACCAAGAUGGGAAAAUGUUGGAAGAACAUGACAGUGGUAAAGAACAAGAUGAGAAAAUGUUGGAAGAACAUGAGAGUGGAAAAGACCAAGAUGGGAAAAUGUUGGAAGAACACGAGAGUGGAAAAGAAAAAAAUGGGAAAAUGUUGGAAGAACAUGAGAGUGGAAAAGACCAAGAUGAGAAAAUGUUGGAGGAACACGAGAGUGGAAAAGACCAAGAUGAGAAAAUGUUGGAGGAACAUGAGAGUGGAAAAGACCAAGAUGAGAAAAUGUUGGAGGAACAUGAGAGUGGAAAAGACCAAGAUGGGAAAAUGUUGGAAGAACAUGAGAGUGGAAAAGACCAAGAUGGGAAAAUAUUGGAAGAACAUGAGUGUGAAAAGGAACAAGAUUGUAAAAUGAUUGAUGAAUUGGAUGCAAAAAUACUGCUAGAACAAAUGGGAGGAAAAGAGCAAGAUGGGAUAAAUGUGGAGGCAUUUGACAGUAAACUAGAACAAGACAGGAAAAGCAUGGAAGUAUUUGAGACUGCGCAAACACAAUAUGUGAAAAGAAUGGAAGAAUGUGGGCAAGAAAAUGAGCAAGAUAGGGAAAUUGGAGAAAAACGUGAGGAUGAACAUGACGGUGAAAAGGAACAAGGUUGGGAAAAUGAUGGAAAAAUAGUGGGAAAACAUGGAAGUGAAGAAAAACAAAAUAGGAAAAUUGUUGAUACGUUUGACAGCGAAAAAGACCAAAAUAGGACAAUCAUGGAAGUAUUUGAGACUGAAAAUAUACAAUAUGUGAAAAUUAUGGAAAAAUAUGGCCAAGAGGAUACGCAAGAUGGAAAAAUUGUAGAAAAAUGUGAAAAAGAACAUGGCAAUGAAAAAGAACAAGAUGGGAAAAUUGUAGUAAAACAUGAAGAUGGGAAAAGUCCAGAACACGAGAGUGAAAAAAAGCAGGAUUGGAAAAUGAUAGAAGACAAAGUACAAAAACAAAUACAAGAUGGAGACAUCAUAGAAGAACAAGUAUUUGAAACUGAAAGAAUUAAAUAUGUGAAAAUUAUGGAGGACAGUGGACAAGAACAUGAGCAAAAUAGAAAAAUUGUAGAAAAAUGUGAGGAAGAAUAUGAGACUGAAAAAGUACAAGAUUUGAAAAUUAUACAAUCACAUGAUGAUGAAGACCAAGAUGGUAAAAGUUUGGAUGAACAGGAUUGGGAAAUUAUGGAAGAGCUUGAGAGUGAAAAAAUGCAAAAUACAAAUAGGAUGUUAGAAUAUAGAAUAAGAGAAAAAGAGCAAGAUUGUAAAAUUGGGGAAAGCCAUGAAGGCAGAAAAAGUCUGGAAGAACACAAAGAACUGAAUUGGAAAAUGACCGAAGAAUAUGGGAACAUCAUGGAAGAACAUGAAAGGGAAAAGGGACAAGGUGGGAUGAUGGAAAAGCGACAGAUCCAAGACAAUAAACGAAUGUCACGUGUGGAUGUAGACAGAACAGUGAAUGUGACUGUGCUCAGGGAGGAGGAAUCAUAUACAGAGAUUAUAAAGAGGGAUGAGGCUACAGAAGAAGCUGUUGAACAGGUGAAGAGUGACCAUGGAAAUGAGAAGGAAGAGAUGAACACACCUUUAAUCCACACAGAAGAAUCCAGUGCAUUCUCCCAGCAUUCACCACUGUUCCCAGAAUCCUGUGCAACAGAGCCUCCUCAAUGCAAUGACACAUCAAUUCCUGAAAGUAUUUUAAGCACUCAAGAUAAAAUUGAGCCACAGAUGAGCUCAUCACACCAAAUAAACUUACCAACUAUUCAGAUAAAGACAGAUCUUUCCAACCUGAGCAUUCAAAGAGAUUCAGAUGACAUGAAAGAGAAGACAUAUGAAUCUGUUAACUCUCAAGCUUCCUCCAAAAACAGCCCAAACGCCUCGUCCGUUGAACGGGUUCCUAAGACAGAAACACAGACUGAUCCAGAGGCUAAAAUUGUGGACGGCACCAGUGGUUUGGCUGACGGGCUCAAUACUGGGUGGGAGAAAUCACCUUUAUCUGAGAAUCAAGCCAGGAUUGGACAGUCAGAUGAGAGGGAGGGGCUUGUAGCUGUCAGUCAUUUCCUCCAAGACCAAGACACUGCAAUAGGCCUAAAUCAUUGUACUCAUCAGCUGGAUCUGACCAAUGAUAUAAGUGACGUUGAAGAGGGAGAGGAGGCUAUAUCACUCAUUGUCAGGGACACAGAAGUGGAGCAGAUCUUAAAAUGUGAUUCUGAUCACGAGAAGGAAGACUUAAAACACAAAUUUCUGCAGGAUUGUAAAACCACGGAAACACCCUGAAACAUGAAUGAUAAGAUCAUUAAUGAGGAACAUUUGGAGAUAAUCGCAGAUACCAUGGGGACUGUGCACGAAUCAUAGAAGAGACAGAUGACCAAUAGAUGUUUCUCUCAGCCAAUCACUGGGGGCCUUUCAGUGAUUUACUCACAAUUAUUCUCAUAUGCUCACAAUACUGCAAUAUACUGUAUAGCACAUGUUCAGAACUGUGUCCACAUAUGCACUUAAUAUACAAUAGCGUUCAAAAGUCUCAGACCAGUUUUAAAGGGAUAGUUCACCCCAAAAUGUUUACUCAACCUCAUGCCAUUCCUGAUAUUAAGACAGUCUACUAAUUCUCUAUUUGGAGUUCAUUGACAUAGUUGCAAAGUUACUUAUAAUUAGCAAUAUGUCUAAAGUGGUCCAUCAAAAUAAAGCGUUACCUAAAGACACAUUUCUCAAACUAUGCUAGAGGGUGUUGAACUCUAUUGAAGUAAAAAGACAUACCUAUUAAGUCAUCACAAAUUCAUGUUUUCUAUUCAGAUUUCCACUCAAAUUACUAUAUUGCUAAUAUCAUUUUAACUGAAAAAAAAAGAGUUCACUACAUUAGAAAGGAAAAAAAUUACAUUGACUUCAGUGUAGGUUAUGAAUAGUUUCGUAGCAUAUUUGUAUUUACUAUUAAUUAUUCCUUUUAAUGAACUAUGUUGAAUGUAUCUAAAUAUGUUGUGCAAGGCAUAUUCAUGCGAUUGAUCUGUAUGUUUAGAACUUAAGAUGGAUCUAUUUCCAAAAGAAUACAAGAAAUGAAUAUGUUUUUUGAGUCAUCCUGUCAGCUGUUCAUAUGACUGAAAUGAAAAUUGAAUUACACCAAUUAACAAAUGGAUUACAGUGCAAUAGUGCAAACUUUACAACGUUCUCUCAUAUUGCUAGAAAAAUCAAAUCCAAGAACACGUUCACUACAAGUACUGUAAUGUUGAUGCAGGCUUAAAAUUCACCACAGGCAUUGUAAAAUUCAUUGGUAUUCGGCUUUGAAAACAGAUCUUGUCACAAUUUUGUUAAUCUGAUACUGGUAAUUAUGAGAACCUUUCGAUAGCAUAUUUGAAAUGCUUUGGACACCUACGUCAUUUACUGAAAACUGUCAGACAAUUAUUUGAGUUAUUUGUUCAAGGAGGGUGUGGUGGCAUAUGCAUGUGUCAAGAAUAUUAAUCUGAUUAUGUAUAAAUAAUAUAAUAUGAUCUUUAUGGCUUUGAAAAGUGUUUGUGAUGUAAAAUCAUUUACAAAUAAAGACUGACAUAAUAAAGCUCUGGAGUCAUUGUGGCACCAGCUGCUGAAGUAAAUGUGGCAUAUUCAAAUGACAUUGACAGUUUUUUUUAUAUCCUCUGGCAUACAUCCCAUUUGCAAUGUAAAAUACACAAUUGGUCAUCGCAAA